CCGUAUAGUCCUGUAUAUCUUGCCAAACGUCCGACUCUGAGCCCUCCUACCGCCCCGCCACCCGCUGCCCUUGCCCUCUAUGCCGGACGCGAGAAUUUGCCCGGACCCGUGUUUUUUUCCGCACAGGCGCAUUCCGCCCAUUCGGGCUCGUUUCGUGCUCAGCAGUUUCACGCGCCGCAUUGGUGCUUGUGUUUACGUUUGCGGCCAGCAGGGAAGGGCAGGCAGGGGCUGGUGGGAGCUGGCAGGCCUCAGGGUGUGUCGCCUCAGGAUGCAAGAAACAGGUUUAAGAUGAGGAUAGAGUGGAGGAUAGAGCACAGGGUGGCAGGACCAGGGCAAAGAGGCUACGACAAGACGCAGGAAGACUGACUAGACUGACUAGACUGACUAGACUGACUAGACUGACUAGACUAAGCUAGACCAGGACAGAAGUGAACUUGUGGCUUCAGCAGCAGCACACCGAGCAAAAACGAACAUGGAGGUCAACGAUUUCGACAAGCUAGAGAAGAUUGGAGAGGGGACGUACGGAGUGGUGUACAAGGCGAUCGACACGAAGCACAACAACCGGAUAGUUGCUCUCAAGAAGAUCCGGCUCGAGUCGGAGGACGAGGGGAUCCCGUCGACGACGAUCCGAGAAAUCUCGUUGUUGAAGGAGCUCAGAGACCACAACAUCGUUGCGCUCUACGACAUUGUGCACUCGAACUCGAACAAGAUCUACUUGGUGUUUGAGUUUCUCGACAUGGACUUCAAGAAGUACAUGGAGUCGAUUCCAGAGGGCCAGGGCAUGAGCAAGAACAUGGUGAAGAAGUUCAUGGUGCAGCUCGUGAAGGGCAUCUACUACUGCCACUCGCACCGGGUGUUGCACAGAGACCUCAAGCCGCAGAACUUGUUGAUCGACAAGGAGGGGAACCUGAAGGUCGCCGACUUCGGGCUUGCCCGGGCGUUCGGCGUGCCGCUCCGGGCGUACACGCACGAGGUGGUCACGCUCUGGUACCGGGCGCCGGAGAUCCUCUUGGGCGGCAAGCAGUACUCCACGGGCGUCGACAUGUGGUCCAUCGGGUGCAUUUUCGCCGAAAUGGCGCAGCGCAAGCCCUUGUUCUCCGGCGACUCGGAGAUCGACCAGAUCUUCAAGAUCUUCAAGGUGCUCGGCACGCCCACCAAGGAGGUGUGGCCCGAGGUCGAGUACAUGAGCGACUACAAGGAGACCUUCCCCAAGUGGAAAAAGCAGAACUUGGCCACCAUCGUCACCAAGCUCGACCCGCCAGGCAUCAACCUCUUGCAGCAGCUGCUUGCCUACGACCCUGCUGUCAGAAUCAGCGCCAAAAGGGCCCUCAUGCACGAGUACUUCCGCACCGACGACGACUCCUACCACCAGAUGGAGUAUCCGCAGCGCUCGAGCAUGCAGGUCGACUCCUCGACGCUGUACGUCUGAUGCUCUUUACCCACUGUGAUUCCCCUCUCUUUUUUUCUUCCUUCCUUUCUUCCUUUCUUUCUUCCUGUUCUAUGCUUGCCUUUCUUUGUUUUCUUGUUUCUUUUCUUCAGUAUAGAUUCUCCCACUCUUUGUUUUCCCCGCUUUACAUGUUUUCGCAUAUUUUGUUGGAUGACGUUCAACUGGUACUGGGUGAUUGCUCACAAAUCCAGAGUUUGUAUAAGUACAUUUAUAUAAGGCUUAUUAAUCAGUAAUUACAUUUGGCAUAUAUCUAUCACGCGGAGACUGGUGGAGAAGGGCGGUGGUCGUGGAUCGUCGGCGGUUGUCUGUAUGCCACAAUUCAAAACUGGACAAUUGAUUUCGUUUCGCAAUAAAACAAUCACUUCUCUGCCUCGAAAGCAGCUAUGUACGUCAGCAAAAUCGCAAACACAACCUUGCAGACAUCCUUUCCCCG